AUGCCCUUCCGGGACAACCGCCCCGGCCCGCGCGGCGCUGAGUCGGCCGGCGGCUCCACGGGCACCGUCCCCGGCGACGUGGUCACGCGGUUCCUGUCUGAGGGCUUCCGCUACGUUGGCCGCAUCCGCCUCGCCUAUGAAUUCGGCCCGCAGCCCGAGCCGGCCGCCAGCCAGCCGGCGCCCGAGGAGGACGGCAAGGGUAACUGGAUCGCCAAGGCGGUGCGGUGCACGCCUGAGGGCGACGUGUACGUUGGCAGCCUCAAGGUGCCCAUGAAGGCCAUCAAGGUCAACAGCUACAUGCCCCCAUGGAUGAAAUCCGCCAAGCCCUUCGCCGCCCUCUCCGGCAACAACACCCUCAUCGACUUCGCCGCCGCCAUGGGCCUCCUCCUCGCCGCGCCGGACGCCUCAGACGACGCCGCGGCCGGCUUCGCCGCCGCGCUCGCCGCCGCCGGGCCCGCCCCAGCCCCGGACGCCGCCGCCGCCGCCGCCGCUGCGGCCGCCACCGCAGGCGGCCGGCGGCUCCUGGCGCAGGCGCGCGGCUUGAAAGAGCUUGUCGGCGGCGACGACCGCUCAGACUGCGAGCAGGGCUUCCCUUUCACCGCGAUUGGCCAGAUCCAGGUGGUGGACGACACCGGCCUCUACAUCUGCACCGGCACCCUCAUCGCCCCCGACAAGGUGCUCACCGCCGGCCACUGCGUCUGGAACAUCAAGCGGGGCGCGUUCUACCUCAACCUCAACUAUGCGCCCGGCCGCUACCGCGACGGCGGGCGCAUCAUCAACCCGUGGGGCGUCGUGCCGUGGAAGAGCGUGACCGUAUUCGACUCGUUCAAGAAGAACCCCUCCACCUGGGACGUGGCGGUGGUGACGCUGCAGAAGCCCCUGGGGUCGCUGACCGGGUACAUGGGCAUCGCCGCCGGCUGCGGCCGCAACCUGCAGCUCACCGUCGCGGGCUACCCCCAGGACAAGGCGCAGGGAACGUGCAUGAUGGCCACCUGCGCGCAGCGCGCCCUGGACUGUGACAGCCCCACCAACGAGCACAACUGCGACACGAUGAGCGGGAUGAGCGGGUCGCCGCUGUGGGACGGCAAGAACCGGGUGCGGCUGAUCCAUGUGGCGGGCAUCGAGGGGCGCGAGGAGAACCGGGCGACGACGCUGACUCAGUUCCUGGUCAACACUGUUGCAAGAUGGUGA